AUCCAGGGAGUCCUGCGGGCCGCGGCCACUCUGCCGCCGCGACUCGACGCUGCCACCGGCCAAUUGUCUCUAAUAACACCACUCUACCAAGUAUCCGUCCAAUGUACUCUUAAGACAACGUCGUCCCUUAGUUCAUUCUCCGGCUCCGCGCUCCCGUGUGCUGUGUGUCAGUGAAUCGUUACAAAUUCGUGGGCUCCAAAGUGUGCGUAAUGCAGUGACGACUCCAGAGUUACUUCCAACAAUGAUAUACGAGUCGAGCGAAACGACAACAAUGAACCUCGUGGCUAACGUACGGGAAACAGUGACGGAUUACACAUUCAGCUACGAUGAUUGAUUGAAGUAACCGUGGAACAACAGUCGGACAUCAUGAACGGAAUAAACACAUCCGCGGGUAAAACAGGAACCGUAGGGGAGCCAAGGAAGGAUGAGAAUAAAAUCAAGAAGUCGAGUGUGAGAGAAAAGUUGAUGCAGAUCCGAUCGAACAUUACAGUGGAACCGAUCAUAGCGUGCUACAUCAUGUCUAACGUGUUUUCGGGCCUGGCCGUGCAGAACUUGAACUUGGAGAAGGCGUGUCGUGUGAACUUAGGCUACGAUGAUGAAGUGUGUUCGGCAUUGAACCGGAGGCAAACGGAGAACUACACCAUGGAAGAGGCCGAGGUCCAGAAAUUAACGGCAUCCGUUCAGGCGUGGAAAAACAUUGUGCAAACGGCAUUCCCAUGCAUACUGGUGCUGUUUGUUGGAUCCUGGAGCGACAAAACAGGAAAGCGGAAGGCGUGUAUUUUACUACCAAUAGUUGGCGAAGUACUCUGUUGCACUAGCUUCAUCCUGAACACAUAUUUCUUUUACGAAUUGCCUUUGGAGGUCACGGCCCUCUCGGAUUUGUUUCCGUCACUUACCGGAGGAUGGAUUACGGUGUGCGUCGGCGUGUUCAGCUACAUUGGUGAUGUGACCACGAAAGAAAUGAGGACAUUCAGAGUGGGAGUAGCCAAUUUGUGUAUGUCAUUAGGCAUACCGAUAGGAAUGUCUUUGAGCGGAAUUCUCCUACAGAAGAUCGGAUAUUACGGCAUCUUCUUAAUUUCAAAUUGCUUGUACCUGACAAGUUUAAUAUACGGUUAUAUAAGACUAAAAGAUCCAGUGAUUGCACAGGACAGACAGAGGGAGCAGCCAGUCGGCUGUCGGGGCUGGGUGUGCUCGUUCUUCGACGCAAGACACGUGCGCGAGACGCUGACGGUCGCGUUCCGAAGCGGGCCCCGGCGGCGACGGCUGCGGGUCUCCUUGCUUAUUGUCGUCGUGUGUGUUAUAUUCGGACCUCUGCAUGGUGAAAUGAACGUGCUCUAUUUAUUCAUGAGGUACAGGUUCAACUGGGACGAGGUGCAAUUCAGCAUGUUCUGUACAUACAGCAUUAUCACUAAUUUAGUCGGUACGUUAUUCUCAAUAAGUAUCUUCAGUGACUUCAUGAAGUUGGACGACACGGUGGUGGGCAUCAUCUCGUGCACCAGCAAGAUCUUGGCUUCGUUUAUAUUUGCCUUCGCAUCUACUACCACCGAGAUUUACAUCGCACCAUUAGUGGAGAUAUUCAAUGGAACGUCGUUCAUAGCGAUGCGGUCUAUUGCUUCGAAACUCGUGAACAGCGAAGAACUUGGAAAGGUGAACUCGCUGUUCGGGUUGGCGGAGGCAAUGAUGCCUCUAGUCUACGGACCGCUGUAUUCUCGAGUGUACAUGGCAACUCUAAACAUACUGCCGGGCGCCGUGUUCCUGCUCGGAGCUGGCAUGACCGUGCCCGCCGUGGCUAUUUUUGGGUGGAUGUAUUUCGAACAGCGCAAAGACACCAAGCAAGUUGACGAAACGGAAAACGUUAACAAAGAAAUUUAAUGUAACGUAAUGACUUGACAAAGCAUUUAUUUAUACGUGAAAGUGUUAAUGGACAAUUAGUGGAUGUGCGUUAAGUGUGAAUUUAAUAAAAAGUCUAAAUAUGAA